UCAUGGCCGACCCUCCACCGGACCCGGGCCCCCGGGCUCUGGAACCGUGUGAUCUGCAGCGGAUUAUGGAGGCUUUGAAAUUGCUGCUGAGCCCAGGAGGCUCAAGUUCAUUACAGAUCACAAAACAUGACAUCCUAUUGGCUACAUUAGCAUCUAACCUGUCGUCUCUGGAGGACCAGUUCCGGGGGAAUCCACACUGGGAGAAGCUGAGGGUCCUGAGAGAGGAAGUUUCUGCCAAAGCCAAAUGGCCCCAGACCUCUGCGGAUGUCACCUGGACCUUCACCGCUCAGACCUUGCUGCUGCUGCUGUGUCUGAAGGAGACGCUGCUCCAACUGGCAGCUGGUUUUCAGCCUGGGAGACCCAACCUCAGGACCCCAGAAGCUGCCCCUGCCCUGAGCCCCGACACUCUUAGCAUCUCCCAACAGCAGACUGUCCAGUCAGUACUACAGUUUGUCAUCACUCUGGGGCUCUGCCCCUACCUCAUGCCUGGGGUUGGGAUCCCAUGGAGAUGCCGGAGCGAAUUUGGGGCCGUUGUUCAGGCUGUGGUGCGCCCUGAAGUGGCCCCCGCUGCCGCCCGGAGACUCCACACCAGCUGCCACGUCCUCCUAAAUGUGGCUCAGCACACGGCGCUGGGCAGCUUGAUUUUCUGCCGCCACUUGGGAGAUGUGUUAGCAUGUCUGUGCCAAGUGGGGUUCUGCCCCACCAACAGGAAGUCACUCACCCCCAAGGAAGAGGUGUUGACCGAAGAGGAAAGAGCCCUCUCGAAGCAGACCUUGAGAGAUGUCUUGGACCAAGUGUAUCAGCCUUUAGCGGUUCGCGAAUUGCUGAUCCUCCAGGGAGGACCACCCCAGUCCAGCCGAGAUGUGAAGACCCAGCCUGGGUGUCAGGCACCAGCUUGGCUUCGGCGUCUGUGUGGGCAGCUGCUCUCUGAAAGACUGAUGAGGCCCAGUGGGGUUCAGGCUGUGGUCCGGGGCAUUUUGGAAGGAGCAGGUGCUGGAGCAGCUGGAGGCAGUGAUGCUGAUGCUACAGCUGCUGAUUGGAAGAAAUGUGACUUGAUUGCAAAGAUUUUGUCCUCCUGUCCCCAGCAGACCUUGUCACCAGAGAGUUACUACAGGGACAUCUGCCCACAGAUUCUGGAUCUAUUUCACUUUCAAGACAAAUUGACAGCUCGGCAGUUUCAGAGAGUUGCUACAACAACUUUUCUAACUUUGGCCAGAGAAAAACCAGAAUUGGCAGCCAAGUAUUUGCUCCAACCAGUGCUUGCACCACUUCACCGUUGCUUAAAUACCGCAGAGAUUCCAGAGAGUGCCUUAAUACCAGGAUCCAUUCUGGUAACAGAGGAAGAACUUGGUCGAUGUAUUGAAGAUCUGUUUAAGGUGUCCGUAGUGGGGAACGAGCCUGUUCCUGUGUUGGUGGACUCGCUGUUUCUCGUCCUGCCUGCACUCUUCUUGCUCCACUCCUUUGCCUCUCAGAGCGUGUCUCACCUCAGGUCACCUUGCCAGGAGAUCAUCUUAUGGACUCUGGAGAAGCUGGACAGGAAGAAAGCCAUUGCCAGUCUGAAAGGCUUCGUGGGGCUGGACAGAUCCCUGCCCUCUCUCAACUCUCUGUGUCACUUCACAGCUGCCCCUCAAGGUGGCAUUAUGGUCACCGUCAAAGAGGCUAUUUGUGAGGAAGAUGAAGAUGAAGUUCUGUACCGGAAGGUGUCCUCAGAGCAGUGCCGGGCAGAGCAGCUGGGGGACCUGCUGGCCCACUGCCACAAAAGCGGCUUGGCGGGCGACUUCUUCAUCUUCUGCUUGCAGGAGUUGACCUGUGUGGCCAUGGAGAAUGGAGUAGAAUCAGAAACGAAGCCAUACUCUGGCCAGAGCCUUCUGGAAUUAGAGCAGCACCAAGCCCAACUGGUGGAAAGCCAAGAGCGGAAGCUGCGAGUCUUGCAGCUGGUGACGGUUCUGUGUGAGUCGGUGUCGGAGCAGAUCUUCAUUAACAUCGCUCAGGUUGUGGACUUUGUGGCAGCAACACUGCAGCGAGCCUGUGCCAGCGUGGCCCAGAAGGCAGAGAGCACGGUGGAGUCCCAGACCCUGAGCAUGGCCAUGGGGCUGGUGGCUGUGUUGCUGGGAGGAGCCGUUCAGGUGAAGUCCAGUGAUUUCGCCAUCCUGAAGCGGCUGGUACCUCUGCUGGAAACAGUAUCCAACACUUACCCCGACCCGGUCAUCCAGGAACUGGCUGUGGACCUCCGCAUCACCAUCUCCACCCACGGUGCCUUCUCCACUCAGACUGUCCACGCUGCUGCCAAGGGCACCCAGAACAAGAAGAAUCCAGAAGGGAAGGGCGGAGAAGAGCCCCAAGCUGGCCAGGCACGACAUGUGGCUGAGUCUCCUGGCCGCCCCCCAGAACAGCAGAGCCCUGAGAAGUGCAGCCUGUCCAGCCCAAGAGCUAGAGCUGAGCCCCAUUCUCAAGGGCCUGGGGUGCCCAAGCCCACUUUGGACCAGAAAUCUACUAGCAGAGGCUCUGAAGAGCUCCAGGAACUUCUUAUAUCUGCUUACGAUCCUCAGAUCCCUACCCGGGCUGCUGCUCUGAGGACUCUGUGCCGCUGGAUAGAGCAGAGGGAAGAAAAAGCCCUUGAGAUUCAGGAGAAGCUUCUGAAGGUAUUCUUGGAGAACUUGGAGCACGAAGACACCUUUGUAUAUCUGUCUGCUAUACAGGGCCUUGCCCUACUCUCAGAUGCACACCCUGAGACCAUCUUGCCUGGCCUGCUGGCUCAGUAUGACCGUGGCGGUGACAGUCGCACACCAGAGACUAGCCUGAAAGUCGGGGAAGUGCUCAUGCGCACUGUCAGGGCAUUGGGGGACAUGCUGUCCAAGUACCGAGAACCUCUGAUCCACACCUUCCUGAGGGGAGCAAGAGACCCAGACAGCACCCAUCGGGCUAGCAGCUUAGCCAACCUUGGAGAACUGUGCCAGCGACUAGACUUCCUACUGGGUCCUGUGGUCCAUGAGGUAACUGCUUGCCUGAUUGCAGUGGCUAAAACAGACCCCGAAGUUCAAGUGCGCAGAGCUGCCAUCCAUGUCGUCAUGCUGUUGUUUCGGGGGCUCAGCCAGAAAGCUACUGAGGUGCUGAGGGAUGUUCUCAAGGAUCUCUAUCGUUUGCUAAAGCAUGUAGUGCUUUUGGAGCCCGACGAUGUGGCCAGGCUUCAUGCCCAGCUGGCCCUGGAAGAGCUGGAUGAGAUCAUGAGAAACUUCCUGUUCCCACCCCAGAAACUGGAGAAAAAGAUUGUGGUCCUGCCAUAGACCUGGCUCUGAGAGUGACAGACAGCCAGAGCAGUGUCUGGGCCUCCCAGUAGGGGGGCCCCUCACAUCUUCUGCAUUGGCAAGAUGGCUGCCAUAGUGAUGGCCUUGGGUCUGGUUCUCAGCCUGGUUUUCCAAGAGCAUCUCUGUUCUGUAUCCCACCAAAACAUGAGCAGCAACAGAGAAAAGUUACAAGUCUCAGGGCC